UGCCAGUGGGGAUAUACACUAACACUAGUAGACGACAACAAACAAUCCCUUACAAUCUUCAAUUCAAUCUCCUCUUUCUUCUUCAUAUCACAAUUCCGUCUUCUUGAAUCGGAAAUCUUCAAUAAAUGUCAACAUCAAACCAACACCAGUUCCGUUACACACAAACCCCAUCCAAAGUUCUUCACCUUCGCAACCUUCCUUGGGAGUGUUCCGAAGAAGAACUCAUUGAACUUUGCAAUCCCUUCGGUAAAAUCGUCAACACUAAAUGCAAUGUCGGCGCCAAUCGCAACCAAGCCUUUGUCGAAUUCGUGGAUCUAAAUCAAGCAAUUUCAAUGGUUUCAUAUUAUGCUUCAUCUUCCGAGCCUGCUCAGGUUCGUGGUAAAACUGUUUACAUACAGUAUUCCAAUAGACACGAAAUUGUCAACAACAAAAGCCCUGGAGAUAUUCCUGGAAAUGUCUUGCUGGUAACUAUUGAAGGUGUGGAAGCUGGGGAUGUGAGCAUUGAUGUUAUCCACUUGGUGUUUUCUGCUUUUGGUUUUGUUCACAAAAUUGCUACCUUUGAAAAGACAGCAGGUUUCCAGGCUCUGAUUCAGUUCACUGAUGCCGAGACUGCUUCUUCAGCUAGGGAAGCACUGGAUGGAAGAAGCAUACCAAGAUACCUGCUUCCAGAUCAUGUUGGUUCUUGUAAUUUGCGCAUUUCAUACUCGGCACAUAGAGAUCUGAAUAUCAAAUUUCAAUCUAAUCGCAGCAGGGACUAUACAAAUCCUAUGCUCCCUGUCAAUCAUAGUGCUAUGGAGGGGGCAGCACAGCCUACUAUAGGUCCUGAUGGGAAGAGGAGAGAACCGGAGAGCAAUGUACUUUUGGCUUCCAUUGAAAAUAUGCAGUAUGCUGUUACUGUUGACGUCAUCAACACGGUGUUCUCUGCAUUUGGUACCAUCCAGAAAAUUGCUAUGUUCGAAAAGAAUGGUCAAACUCAGGCACUAAUUCAGUACCCUGAUGUUGUAACGGCAGCAGCUGCUAGAGAAGCUUUAGAGGGACAUUGCAUAUAUGAUGGUGGCUAUUGUAAGCUUCAUCUAUCAUACUCUCGUCAUACUGAUCUCAAUGUAAAGGCUUUCAGUGACAAAAGUCGGGACUACACAGUGCCACAUCCUAGUUUGGUUGCAGCACAAGUUCCUGCAACAGCUUGGCAAAAUCCUCAGGCUGCACCUAUGUACCAUGCCGGUGCCCCUGCUUUUCAGACUCAAGUUCCUGGAGGACAAGUGCCGUCAUGGGAUCCAAAUCUGCAGUCAGUUAGACCGAGUUACAUAUCUGUUCCCGGUGCUUAUCCUGUUCAAACUGGUGCAGUUCCUCCUAUGCCUGCCUAUGCAUCAACAGGUAUGCCGACCACUUCCUCUCCUCUUUCUCAAAGCAGCCCUAAUCCAAUUGGAAUCAGCCAUCCUGGGGCUCCUGGUUCGUCACCUGUGAGACCUGGUGGGGCUUCACCAGGUCAGCAUUAUUAUGGUUAGAAAGUUUUAGGUUUACUUUUACCUCAAUGAUAGGAGAAUGGCUUUGUUGAUGAUGGAAGUGCUAAUAUUACUCAGUUGCUGUUCAGUUGGAAAGUACCCCAUCAUGGCAUCAUCGAUAUUAUUAGUCAUUUUAAUUAUGAAAUUUAAUUUGCAAGCUUCAAAUGCAUAUAUAAUAUAAUACUAUAUGAUACGCACUUUGUCUCUUCAUCAAUAUGUUCCUGUAUAAGUUCUUUUCAUUUUGAAAAUCUUUGAAUAUUCACUUGGGCAAAAUGAAUUUAAUGAAAAACUUUAAUUUGCAAGCUA